AUUGGGCAUUUAAAUUUUUACGAAACAAAAACAAAAAAAAGUCAGAAAACUGGGGAACGUCAUAUCCAGGCGCUCCCGCAGCCACCGGAGACCGAGGGCGACGGCGAUGGCCUCUUCUGCCGCAGCAAAACCCCUCCCUUUGUUUGAGUCCUCGGCCGAUUCUCCGCCGGCGAGACUCAGACUCAGCCCCGAUCAGUAUAACUACUGCUCCCAGGCUCUCAAAUUCUUCAAAGACAAACUCCAGAUGCCUCACCAGAUCAACCAAGAGUUCGCUCUCUUACAGGGCAAGAGGAUCACAGCAUCUGAGAUGAAGAGAAGUUGCACUGUGGCUCUGGACCCUGUCAAUGUCACCAAAAAUCGCUACACCGACGUCUUACCAUUUGAUCAAAAUAGGGUCGUUCUCAAGUCUUGUAAAGAUUACAGACCUGAAGCAAGGGGCUACAUUAAUGCCAGCUACAUCUCGGCUUGUUCCUCUGAAAGCAUUUCUAGGUUUAUAGCUACACAAGGUCCGCUUCCGCAUACCUAUGAGGAUUUCUGGGAGAUGGUACUUGAGAACCAUUGCCCUGUAGUGGUCAUGCUUACUCGCUUAGUCGACUAUUACAAGAUGGUCAAGUGUGGAGAUUAUUUUCAGGCAGAAGAUGGUCCUAGAGAAUUCGGUAAUAUAACUAUAGCCACCAAGUGGACAAGAACCACUGGCACUUCAUUAGUAUUGCGCCUUCUGGAGGUCAGCAGUAAGGAGUUAGAGGAACCACCAAUGUCUGUGCUGCAUAUUCAGUAUCCUGAAUGGCCUGACCAUGGAGUUCCCACGGAUACAAUUGCUGUUCGUGAAAUCUUGAAGACAAUAUAUCAAGUUCCACCCAACCUUGGCCCAAUAGUGGUGCACUGCAGUGCAGGUAUUGGGAGGACUGGAACAUACUGCACAAUUCAUAAUACAAUUCAGAGAAUUCUUUCUGGGGACAUGUCUGCUUUAGAUCUUGCUAAUACAAUAACCACGUUUAGGACUGAGCGUAUUGGAAUGGUGCAGACACUGUUUUCCACACAGGUAAAAAGUAAUGCAGCAGCAAUGACUUGGUUAGAAAAGACAUAUCCGCUUUGGAAACCUAAGAUUAAGCCCACCCCAUUUUGGUCCAAAGGAAAGUCUCCAUGGUAGUGUAAGGGUCUUGUCAGGUUAAUUUUCAGUUUUAUGUAGAAUAAUUAUGAGCCUAGUGCUUUUAAGAGUAUUAAAAUCUUAGGGUGAGUAUUCAAGGGUCUUGAGUGUGUCUUUAUGUCUAUUUAAUAAGUAUUGAAGAGUCUUAUUAUUAAUAAGUCUUUAGUAGUCUUUUGGUGUGCUAGGAAUCUAAGGGUUGUGUUUGGAGCCUAUAAAUAUGGUUAUCUAUUGUAAGCCAAAUCAGAUUGGAAUGAAUUAAAAUUAAAUCUUUUUUGAAGGCUUGUGCCUUGGUUUCUCUCUCCCCUUACCUUCCUCGCUCUAUUUCUCCCUUCUACAGCUAAGAACCCUUUGUUUCUUCUAAAAUCAUUAUGCUUUCUUAUUCUCUCAGCACUCCCAAACCCACCCAAAUCAUA